GUACCAGUGGCUAUGUGGGAUUUCAACCAUUGUGAUCCACGCAGAUGCUCUGGAAAGAAGCUAUCCAGACAGGGCUUAAUAAAGGAUUUGAAAGUAGGUCAAAGAUUUAGAGGUAUUGUCUUAUCUCCGAAAGGCACACAGACCGUCAAUCCAGGCGAUAGAGACAUAGUAGCCGCUAACGGUGCCGCCGUUGUUGAAUGCUCUUGGGCUAGACUCGAUGAGAUUCCCUGGGGCCGUAUCAAGAGCCCCCAUGAGAGGCUUUUACCAUAUCUUAUUGCAACAAAUCCAGUCAACUAUGGUAAGCCUUGGAGACUCAAUUGUGUAGAAGCCUUAGCUGCUACCUUCUAUCUCACCGGUUUUGACGAGUACGCUGAGACAUUACUCUCCAAGUUCAGCUGGGGACACUCUUUCUUGAAAGUAAAUGGUGGACUUCUCGAGAGAUAUGCGAAGUGUAAAAACAGUGAGGAAAUUAUCGCAGAACAAGAGCGUAUCAUGGAGGAUGAGCAGCGCGAGUAUGAAGCAGCCAGACAG